UGAAAGGCAGCCCUGUCAUGUGACUCUGUCAGAGGCUGUUGGAGUGUACGGGUAAAGUAUGGCGCCCGGUGUGGUUUGGUUCAUCACCACCGUUUUUAGUUUAGUUCAUUUAACACCGUUAAUUUUACUCGAAGAGGAAAAUGAAUUCAAACAGUGGAUGUCACAGGGUUUCUGUGGAAGCUGCUGGACCUUCUCUACCACUGGAUGUUUGGAGUCAGUGAAUGCUAUCGCUACUGGCAAGCUAAUACCUCUGUCUGAACAGCAGCUGAUAGACUGUGCCAAAGCCUUCAACAAUCAUGGAUGCUUGGGUGGGCUCCCCAGCCAGGCAUUUGAGUACAUCAGAUACAGCAAAGGUCUUAUGACUGAAGAGGACUAUCCCUACAAAGGCCAUGAUGACUCUUGCCAUUUUGAGCCUGCGCUUGCAGCUGCUUUUGUCCUUGAUGUUGUCAACAUAACAAGUUAUGAUGAAAAGGCCAUGGUUGAUGCUGUGGCCUCGCUCAACCCUGUGUCCUUCGCCUUUGACGUCACGCAUGAAUUUAUGCACUACAAAGAAGGUGUUUAUUCAAGCACCCAGUGUAAGAACACUGCAGACAUGGUGAAUCAUGCGGUCCUGGCUGUGGGUUACGGUGCUGAAGAGAACGGCAUGCCAUAUUGGAUUGUGAAGAACUCUUGGGGCACAGUCUGGGGAAUGGACGGAUAUUUUUUGAUUGAGCGAGGAAAAAACAUGUGUGGACUGGCUGCAUGCUCAUCCUACCCUGUGCCUUUAGUUUGAGGAGCGACAUGGCAACAAAGUGGAGGACUGAUGAAACUCAGGAAAAUAUAACAUAAAUGGAAGUUUUCUGUCACAUUCUCUGAAGUGUUUUUAUGUGGAAGUUUGAUUUCUCAAAAGUAUGUACAGAAUUAUGCUGUGUUGUGAAUAAAUGCCAUGUAUGUAACAAUAUUAUAUAAGAAAAAAGUCUAACAAUGUUAUAUAUAUAAUUUGUCUAGGGCUUAAAACAUGGCAUAAAAAGAAAAUGGUAAUAAGUUGCAUCAUAGUUGGACCUAAUCUGUGUCCUUACUGGGUUUACUGUGUGUGUUGUUGUUUUUUUUGUAUACAGUGUGUUCCAGUUUGUUACAAACAUUAAAUCUUCUCUCUCAA